AUGUUUCGUCAAACGACAUCCUCAGGUGGCGACACGAUCAAAGCUGUCCUUUUGAAGCUAUCGCCAGACUUUGAAGAGCUUUGCAAACUGAGAACCAAAGUAGCUACCAUCCGUGCCGCAGACGCCCUUUUCGACGGUCAAGCGGGCCUCAAUACAUGGCAAACGACGCGCCACCCAGAAAGACUCCUCCUAGACAUCCUCGGGCCUUCGAUCGCCGCCCUCGACGCCGAGACAGACAUCCUCAACAUCCCUUCAAAGCAAGAUGGCACUCCACCUCGCGUUCUCGAUCUCACCCCCGCACCAAGCGCCUUCACCGUCGCGGCUGCCAGACGCAACCCCCACGUUCUGAUCAGCGGUCUCGUCCGCCCCGGCGCUGUCGCUGACAUGCAAGAGGUGCGAGAGUACAUGGAUAACCCGAGGCCGCCGCAUGCCAUCUCCGAGAUGGCACUGCAUGUGCUGGGGCCGGAUGCGUGGGGCCGCGUCGCGCCGGUUUCCAUGACGGACCGCACUAGACAACCCGGUGAUGCGAGCGGGGAGCUGUUGCUCGAGGCGGCGGCCAGUCGAGUGGGGCUGUUGCAAUCACCGGAGCGGGCCAACGUGCCAACCAUCUACACGCAGCACAUUCAAGACGUCGUGCGCAUCUCGGACGAGGCGGUCGGGUCGAGCAGCGAGGUAUCCGUCAUCCGAGACGCGGCCAUGUCGGCGACGGACCCGUUCCAGGGCCAGCGGUUCGAUUUUGUGUUUGCAAGCGCCGGUGGCGAGGUCGGCCCCGUGCGGACCAUGGCGCGCAGGCACUACGACGCACUAAGAGACAAGAAGCUGUUCCACGCACGGCGCGAGGUCAAACUUCAGGCGGCGCAGCUGAUACUGGGACUGAAGCGGCUGCGGGCGGGCGGGAGGCUGGUGGUCAUGUUUCGCAAGGUGGAGGCGUGGUCGACGAUACGGGCGCUGCUGUUUCUGGCGUAUGAGUCUUCGCUGGCUGGGGGAAGUGCCAGUCUGCACAAGUCGGUGGAUGGUCCGUCGGGAACGGCCGGGGGGUUGACGGCGCGGAUGGAGGCGGCCCGAUCUGGGUUUUAUCUGGUAGUUCGACGCUGCACGCCCAUCAGUGAGUGUGGGGCCGGGUUGGUGUCGGACAUGAUGGCGCGGUGGAAGGCGGCGGCGGUCGGGUCGGACGAGUUGUUUGUCAGCGUGGAGGAUUGUCCGGAUGCUGGGGGAGCGGAGAGGAUCUUUCGUGAUGAGGAGUUCAAGGGGUGGUUUUUGGAGAUGGCGACGCCGUUGUGGAAAGCGCAGGUGGAGGGUUUGAGGGAUGUGCUGAGGCGGGUGGGCGAGUUGUAG